CCUAACGGCAGCGUUGGCGGCAGCGGCAGCGGCGGAGCUGGGGCUGCCGAGCUUUGCUGCUCCAGGUCUCGCGGCGGCGCCUCCGAGGGACCCGGGCCGCGGGUGGAGGCGGGAGGCGCACGGCGGAGGCGUGCGGCGAUGGUGGGCGUCCCUGGAGCGGCCGCCUUCCAGCUUGGUGCUGAGAAAAGAGUGCCAGCAAUGCCUGGAUCGCCUGUGGAAGUGAAGAUACAGUCAAGAUCCUCACCUCCCACCAUGCCACCCCUCCCACCAAUAAAUCCUGGGGGACCCAGGCCAGUGUCAUUUACUCCAACAGCAUUAAGCAAUGGCAUCAACCAUUCUCCUCCUACCCUGAAUGGUGCCCCAUCACCACCACAGAGAUUCAGCAAUGGUCCUGCCUCUUCCACAUCAUCUGCACUAACAAAUCAACAGUUGCCAGCCACUUGUGGUGCUCGGCAGCUCAGCAAGUUGAAACGCUUCCUUACCACACUGCAACAGUUUGGCAAUGACAUCUCACCUGAGAUUGGGGAGAAGGUGCGGACUCUUGUUCUAGCACUGGUGAACUCAACAGUAACAAUUGAAGAAUUCCAUUGCAAGCUCCAGGAGGCUACAAACUUUCCUCUUCGUCCUUUUGUGAUUCCAUUCCUCAAGGCCAAUCUGCCCCUGCUGCAGCGAGAACUGCUGCACUGUGCUCGAGCCGCCAAGCAGACCCCGUCCCAAUACCUGGCUCAACACGAACACCUUCUGCUCAACACAAGUAUUGCGUCACCUGCUGACUCUUCUGAGCUUCUCAUGGAAGUGCAUGGAAACGGAAAGAGGCCCAGUCCGGAGAGGAGGGAAGAGAGCGGUUUUGAAAGAGAUACAAUUCCUCCCGAGCCUCCUGCCAAGAGAGUGUGCACCAUCAGCCCUGCUCCCCGGCACAGUCCUGCCCUCACUGUGCCCCUCAUGAAUCCUGGGGGCCAGUUCCAUCCUACUCCUCCACCUCUUCAGCACUACACGUUAGAAGAUAUUGCAACUUCACACCUGUAUCGUGAGCCCAAUAAGAUGCUAGAACAUCGAGAAGUUCGUGAUAGACACCACAAUCUUAGUCUAAAUGGAGGCUAUCAAGAUGAGUUGGUAGACCACCGUUUGACAGAAAGGGAAUGGGCUGAUGAAUGGAAACAUCUUGAUCAUGCUCUGAACUGCAUUAUGGAAAUGGUAGAGAAGACAAGGCGCUCCAUGGCAGUCCUGCGGCGCUGUCAGGAAUCUGAUCGUGAAGAACUCAAUUACUGGAAAAGACGAUAUAACGAAAACACAGAGAUGAGGAAGACAGGGAGCGAGUUGGUCUCUAGGCAGCACAGUCCUGGGAGUGCAGAUUCUCUCAGCAAUGAUUCUCAGCGAGAAUUCAACAGUAGGCCAGGAACAGGAUAUGUACCUGUGGAGUUUUGGAAAAAAACUGAAGAAGCUGUGAAUAAGGUGAAAAUUCAGGCCAUGUCAGAAGUACAGAAAGCCGUUGCUGAGGCAGAGCAAAAAGCCUUUGAAGUGAUUGCAACAGAGAGAGCUCGGAUGGAGCAAACCAUAGCGGACGUCAAACGGCAGGCCGCAGAGGACGCCUUCCUCGUCAUAAAUGAGCAAGAAGAGUCAACAGAGAACUGCUGGAACUGUGGCCGCAAGGCCAGCGAGACCUGCAGCGGCUGCAACAUCGCACGAUACUGCGGCUCUUUCUGCCAGCACAAGGACUGGGAGCGGCACCACCGCCUCUGUGGCCAGAACCUGCACGGCCAGAGUCCCCACAGCCAGAGCCGGCCACUGCUUCCUGGAGGGAGGGGCUCCUCGGCCAGGUCCACCGACUGCAGCGUGCCCAGCCCGGCUCUGGACAAGACCUCGGCCACCACCUCACGCUCCUCAACACCUGCCUCUGUGACAGCCAUCGACACCAACGGACUCUGAGCCCCAGACUCACUUCCCUCUGAUGACCUCACAGCACGGCAAACCAUGGCACAGGGGGCCCGGCUGUUUGAACCAGUGCAGUUAGCUGUUGGGUCAUCAGCACGGAGUGAAGUGGAGGCAGGAAGAGUGCAAGGCCAGCCAACACUGCUCCACAGCCCCUCCGGACACUGGCCCCAGUUUCCUGUCUGUGUCCUUGGGGGAGCUAGUGUGCCACUCUCUCUGCACACAGGCAGCUAGCCAGAGCCGCUCCUCCUUCCUUGGCUUCCAGGUUUGUUCCCGUUCCAGCUGAAACUGGCGUGGCCAUCCCCUUCUCAGUAUAGACCACCAGCUCCCCUCCCUGCCUCUCCAGGCAGCAGACCCGUCAGAGGUGCCCGGUCGGGCUGGAGGGGGCUCGCUCCACACACUGCCGCCUACUCCACCGUCCUCCUGCGGCAGAGGCCUGGAAGCUGACAGCAGGCCGUGGAGGAGAUUCCCUCCGACGGGGGUGGCCCCUCUUGCCCUGGAACAGCUCCUUUAGCCCCAUUUCCACCCUCAGCAGAUGCCACUGACUAGCCCCCGCCCCCGGACAUGGGCAGGCAGAAGCAGCACUCAGGACCCUCUCUUCGACCCUGCUGUUCAGACUUGUUAAGAGUAUCAGAAAUCACAGGAAAUAAGUCACCAUUUCACUAAAAGCACCCGUAAUAAUGAAAAACAAAUAAAACUUCCUCCAAGCAUCACA